AUGGAGUUUCUUGAAAGAACUUAUCUUGUGAAUGACAAAGCCACCAAGAUGUACGCCUUCACGCUAGACAGCAUGGAACUCCAGCAGAAACCCUUGAAUAAAGAUCAACAUCCUGGAGAGAAGCCAGAGGAGCCAGAGUCAGGAGCCAUGUAUCACUGCCACAGCAACUCCAAGGCCACAGAGAACAGGGCAAAGGAGCAAGUCUAUGCCAAGUGGAAACUCUGUGCUGCUUCAGGAACAUGCUUAGUUUUCAUGAUUGCAGAGGUCAUCGGUGGACACAUUGCUGGGAGUCUUGCUGUCAUCACAGACGCUGCCCAUCUCUUAACUGAUCUGACCAGUUUCCUGCUCAGUCUCUUCUCCUUGGGGUUGUCAUCGAAACCCCCCUCCAAGCGGCUAACAUUUGGAUGGCACCGAGCAGAGAUCCUUGGUGCCCUGCUGUCCAUCCUAUGUGUCUGGGUGGUGACGGGUGUGUUGGUGUACCUAGCGUGUGAACGCCUGCUGUACUCCAAUUACCAGAUCCAGGCGACCGUGAUGAUCAUUGUUUCGAGCUGUGCGGUGGCAGCGAACAUUAUACUAAGUGUGAUUUUGCAGAGACACCCUGGCCACAAUCACAAAGAAGUGCAAGCUAAUGCCAGUGUCAGAGCUGCUUUUGUACAUGCCCUUGGAGAUCUAUUUCAGAGCAUCAGUGUGUUAACCAGUGCACUUAUUAUCUACUUUAAGCCAGACUAUAAAAUGGCUGACCCGAUCUGCACAUUUGUCUUUUCCAUCCUGGUUCUGGCCAGCACCAUCACUAUCUUAAAGGACUUCUCCAUCUUACUCAUGGAAGGUGUGCCAAAGAACCUGAGUUACAAUGGUGUGAAGGAGCUCAUUUUAGCGGUGGAUGGGGUGGUGUCUGUGCACAGCUUGCACGUCUGGUCGCUAACAAUGAACCAAGUGAUUCUCUCAGCUCACGUUACUGCAGCAGCCGGCCGGGACAGCCAGGUGGUUCGGAGAGAAAUCGCGAAAGCCCUCAGCAAGAGCUUUCCUGUGCACUCACUCACCAUUCAGAUGGAACCUCUAGCCGACCAAGACCCCGACUGCCGUUUCUGUGAAGAUCCCCUGGACUAG